AGUCAUUCAGCUAAAUUGCAUGAUUUUAUUACAAACCUGGAGUUAAUAAUAUCCUCGUUUUCUCAACAAUUUUUCUUUUGAGAGUUCAUGAGAGUUAAUGAGUGAAAUUAUUUUAUUUUUUUUAACCUUUUUGAAUGAUGUCUUACAACUGAAGUGUUCCCCUUUAACACUCUCUUCUCUGGCAUACUGUAAUGCUGGAAGUUUUGAUUAAAUGUCAGCACAGGUAAAUUUCAAUACUAUCAUUCCACCUCUGUAUGUUUUAUGCAGUGUUUGUGUUUUGUGUGCAGGCGGUGUGUGUGUGUGUGUGGAGUAGGCGAGACAAUGUCUGGACCUGACACCUACUGGGAGAUCAGACGGUGAUUUACACUCUGGCAGGACACCUUCAGUCUUCAUUAUGAUGGAGGUACCCAAGGGGACACAGAUGUACAUCUUUACAACAAAAUCCAGAGGCAUCACUCCUAUCAGCGUUGACUGAAAACAGAACCAGUGCUCAGCCUGAGGCCUGCGGUCUCCUCUGAUUUGCUGACUGACUGUGGACAUAGUAGACCGUUCAGUCCAGGAUGGAGAUGCUGCAGGAACAGAUUCAUGCAUCAAAACCGACAACAGAGAGAAGCAGACGGUGGAGCUACUGCAUGGUGGGGACAGAAACCAGUACGCACAAAGAGCAGGUUCCAUUCAUUCCCAUUAGUCUGGUGUAUCGGCUUCCCUGAGAGUGGUGUCCGUGGACAGCGUUUACUGAUCAUACUGAUGUACUUGUCUGCCAACUCCACAAGACGGGCAAUCAAUAUUCCAACUAAAGGAGUGGAGAGAGAUCUAAUGUGUUAACACACUGUGGUGUAUGUGAGCAAAGCAGGGAUUGGUCCACAGCUCUGCCACUCACUCUGCCACACUCUCCGACUUCCUCUGUCCUCCUUUCCUGGUGCAGCCUGGGAGAAGGAGGGAGGGGAAUGGAUCUUUUCUGUGCGAGUCGCUGGAGCUCCCUCAGGCUGCUCCUCACCACCUGUCCUUGACUUAGAGUGCACAUACGUGGCUGAGAGAAAGCCGGGCUGCUCACUGGUCCUCUGGCACCUUUUUCCCUGUGUUUAUGUGACUGGCUGCCUUUUUUUUUUUACCUCUUUAAACCUGUCACUCCUCGUGAGGCUGUGUAAGAGGAAGAGGAGCGUCUGUCCUCAGCUGGUGGUGCUCUGAUGGGAGGCAGUGCUGGUUCUGGCUGGGACUGGGGAUGCUGAACAGGGGGAGGGAGGGCCUGUUUGAGCUGGGACAGCAGCUCCAGCAGCAGGGGGAGUACCAGGCCGCCCUGCACUGCUUCCUCAGCUGCCUGCUGGGACUGACCCAUGUGCAGAGCUUCACCUCUCUGCCCAACUGUCUACACCAGAUUGCAGAGCUCUUCAUCACAGAAAAGAACUAUGGGAAGGCCCUCCAGUUCAUCCAGGCUGAAAAAAUGUUCUAUGAGGUGGCAUUGAUCGAGCUCACGGCUGUUCACGGAAGUACAGGGCCUCAGGAGGAGGCUACACUGGGCUCCGCAGGAUGGACAACCCCAGAGGAGCUUUCGGAGCAGGCCUCCCAAGCGCAGCACCUGGAGCGGCUGGCUCAGCUCUGCAUCAUGAGCAAACAGCCUCACCUUGCUCUGGAAUACAGCGGUAAGGCCACAAAGAUCCACCAGAGGGCCUUUGGUAAUGACCACCCAAUUACUGCCCGGAGCCUCGAGCUCAUGGCCACCGUCUAUGCUGAGAUUGGCAAGACUGAAUAUUCAGACUCGCUGGGUCAGUGUGUGUCGGCACUGUCCAAGCGCUUCGCUGCUGCAGAGUCCAUCAGAGACACUGUCAACUGUCUUCCUCAUUCCCACUGGGAGAAACACUCGGAGGUCCGCCACAGAAAGGACACCCACCACCAACAGGAGGACACGCCAAAACCUAAGGUAACCAACAGCAAAGUCCCCACCUCCAUUCUCAAGAGGCCAAGCCUCAGCUGCGGGACAGACGCAGAGCUGAACCACAGACGGAGAAGCGAGCGGAGAGUUCGAUUCAGAGAGCCAGAGACCACGGUACACGAAAUCCCUUACUGUGACUGCUUGGGUGCCUAUGAGACGACACCGUCCCGCCCUCACCUCGUCCUCUUCACUUGCCUCUUCCUGCUGAUGUCAUUCCUGGGCGUGGCCAUGUACUGCACAGACCGCCGGCGUCCACAGCGAGCGUGCGAGGAGCUGGAGGCCGCGUUAGCCGUCUACCUGCUCCAUAUGAAACAGCUGCUGUGGGGCUGCUGGAUAUGGCUGACCAUGCAGUGACAGAGACUGACCACAGGGGGAGACAUGGAGCCUUCUUUCCUUGUUUCAACCUCCUCUUUCUUCCCUUACUUUGAAGGUGCCCAGGUCCACAAACACCUCAGCCAUUUGACAAGGCUCUGAAAACUGUCUAUGAUAAAAAAGGAAAAUGUAUGAUCCCAGACAUAUGUAGCUUCCACAUCUUUUUUUGUAUAUAAAUGCAUUAAGGUGGCAAGUUUGCCACUCCCAACUUAAUUUAUAAUGACAUUUUGCACAUGUGUAAUGCUGUUGCUCACAUAUAAUGCUCACGUAAUCAUCAUAACAAUGUGAUUUCUUUUUUCUUUUCCAGGUCAUAUCACAGUCUAUUGUUGUGGUUGAAUGUUUCCAUGGAAUGCAAAUAUGUAUUUGAUUACGGUACAUGUGUAUAUCGGAUACUACACAGAGGUGAAUGAGGUACAUAUGAUCAAUAUACCUGGUCUAUCACAGUAUUCAGCCUUGUAUGUGCACAUAAAUGAAUGUAGAGAGGUUACAGAGUACAAUGAUGAUGAUGAUGAUGCGUGAGCAAGGAAACACAGGGCUUUGAAUGUCUGACAUAUAAAAAUACCUUCUGCUUUUUUUACACUUUACAUCGUAUGUUCAUCUGUCAGUUGCACUGAGGAGAAACUCCACAGCACAACAUUAUAUAAUCAAAGAGAAUAUAUUCAACCAGAAUGAA